AUUAAAAAAAAGAAGAAGAAGUAAAAAAGUCUCUGUCUCCCACGCCUAGCAUCUAUUCCAAAGCUGAGGAAAGCAUUACUGCCUGGCAACACCAAAGAAUAGGGGAAAAAGGAGAGAGAAACUGCAGAAAUCAAGAAUUGUGUUCUUUGGAUAUUGAGAUGAUGCCUCCAGGGGGCAGUACCGGGGCAGGGAAAGAGGCUAAGAUGGCUCAGUUCUCCUUUCCUUGGUCUGGGGCUCCCCGGUGUUCCCACCAUUACUCCUCCCAUUUUAUUUUUAGCUGCCAGUGGGAGGGGGCAGGAUGGGAGGGAAAGUAAAGAAAACAGAAAAGGAGAGGGACAGAGGCACAGAGGACUUCUCAUAACGGACAGAGAACAACCAGGCAUGGAACUCCCCCUCAUCCCUCACCUGCUCUUGCCCGUGGUGUUCCUGACAGGUCUGUGCUCCCCCUUUAACCUGGAUGUGCAUCACCCGCGCCUCUUCCCAGGGCCACCUGAGGCAGAAUUUGGAUAUAGUGUCUUACAACAUGUCGGGGGUGGCCGUCGAUGGAUGCUGGUGGGCGCCCCCUGGGAUGGGCCUUCAGGAGACAGAAGGGGGGAUGUUUAUCGCUGCCCUGUCGGGGGCUCCCACAGUGCUCCAUGUGCCAAAGGCCAUUUGGGUGACUAUCCACUGGGAAAUUCAUCUCAUCCUGCUGUGAAUAUGCACCUGGGAAUGUCUCUGCUAGAGACAGACAACGAUGGGGGAUUCAUGGUGACUAAGGCUUGUGCCCCUCUCUGGUCUCGUGCUUGCGGCUCCUCUGUCUUCAGUUCUGGGAUAUGUGCCCGCGUAGAUGCUUCAUUCCGGCCCCAGGGCAGCCUGGCACCCACCGCACAACGCUGUCCCACCUACAUGGAUGUUGUCAUCGUCUUGGACGGCUCCAAUAGCAUCUAUCCCUGGUCUGAAGUUCAGACUUUCCUACGAAGACUGGUAGGGAGACUGUUCAUUGACCCAGAGCAAGUACAGGUGGGACUGGUGCAGUAUGGGGAAAGCCCUGUGCAUGAGUGGUCCCUGGGAGAUUUCCGAACCAAGGAAGAAGUGGUGAGGGCAGCAAGGAACCUGAGUCGGCGAGAAGGACGAGAAACAAAGACUGCCCAAGCAAUCCUGGUGGCCUGCACAGAAGGAUUCAGUCUGUCCCGUGGUGGCCGACCAGAGGCUGCCAGGCUACUGGUGGUUGUCACGGAUGGAGAGUCACACGAUGGGGAGGAGCUUCCCGCUGCACUAAAGGCCUGUGAGGCUGGAAGAGUGACCCGCUAUGGGAUCGCGGUCCUUGGCCACUAUCUCCGGAGGCAGCGAGACCCCACUUCCUUCCUGCGGGAAAUCCGAAUGAUUGCCAAUGACCCAGAUGAGAGAUUCUUCUUCAAUGUCACAGAUGAAGCUGCACUGACUGACAUUGUAGACGCCCUGGGAGACCGGAUUUUUGGCCUCGAGGGGUCCCAUGGAGAAAAUGAAAGCUCUUUCGGGCUGGAAAUGUCUCAGAUUGGUUUCUCCACUCAUCGGCUGAAGGAUGGGAUUCUCUUUGGAAUGGUGGGGGCCUACGACUGGGGGGGCUCUGUAUUGUGGCUCGAAGAGGGUCACCACCUUUUCCCCCCACGGACAGCCCUGGAAGAUGAGUUCCCCCCUGCUUUCCAGAACCAUGCAGCCUACUUGGGUUACUCUGUUUCCUCCAUGCUUUUGCGGGGUGGACGCCGCCUCUUUCUCUCAGGGGCUCCUCGGUUUAGACACAGAGGAAAGGUCAUCGCCUUCCAGCUUAAGAAAGAUGGGGCUGUGAGGGUUGCCCAGAGCCUCCAGGGGGAGCAGAUUGGUUCCUACUUUGGCAGUGAGCUCUGCCCAUUGGAUACAGAUGGGGAUGGAACAACCAAUGUCUUACUUGUGGCUGCUCCCAUGUUCCUGGGACCCCAGAAUAAGGAGACGGGGCGUGUUUAUGUGUAUCUGGUGGGGCAGCAGUCCUUGCUGACACUCCAGGGCACGCUUCAGCCAGAACCCCCCCAGGAUGCUCGGUUUGGCUUUGCCAUGGGUGCCAUUCCUGAUCUGAACCAAGAUGGUUUUGCUGAUGUGGCUGUGGGGGCGCCCCUGGAGGAUGGGCAUCACGGAGCCCUGUACCUAUAUCAUGGCACCCAGAGUGGAAUCAGGCCCCGUCCUGCCCAGAGGAUUGCUGCCAUCUCCAUGCCACAGGCCCUCAGCUACUUUGGCCGUAGUGUGGAUGGCCGGCUGGAUCUGGAUGGAGAUGACCUGGUAGAUGUGGCUGUGGGUGCCCAAGGGGCAGCUGUCCUGCUCAGCUCCCGGCCCAUUGUGCACCUGGGCCCCUCCCUGGAGGUGACCCCACCAGCCAUCAGUGUGGUUCAGAAGAACUGCAGCCGGCGAGGCCAAGAGGCAGCCUGCCUUUCUGCGGCCCUUUGCUUCCAAGUGACCUCUCGCACUCCUGGCCGCUGGAAUCGCCGAUUCUAUUUGCGGUUUACAGCAUCACUAGAUGAGUGGACGGCAGGGGCGCGGGCUGUGUUUGAUGGCUCUGGCCAGAGGCUGUCCCCUCGGAGGCUCCAGCUCAGCGUAGGGAAUGUCACCUGUGAGCAGCUGCGCUUCCAUGUGCUGGAUACCUCAGAUUACCUCCGGCCACUGGCCUUGACUGUGACCUUUGCAUUGGACAACACCACGAAGCCAGGGCCUGUGCUGGAUGAGGGCUCACCCACCUCCAUACAAAAGCUGGUCCCCUUCUCAAAGGACUGUGGCCCUGACAAUGAAUGCAUCACAGACCUGGUGCUUCAAGCCAGUGUAGACAUCAGAGGCUCUAGGAGGGACCCAUUCGUGGUUCGAGGAGGUCGGCAGAAAGUGCUGGUGUCAGCAACUCUGGAGAACAGGAAGGAAAAUGCCUACAACACUAGCCUGAGUCUCAGCUUCUCCAGAAACCUCCAUCUGGCCAGUUUCACGUCUCAGAGGGACAGCCCAGUGAAGGUGGAGUGUGCAGCCCCUUCCCCUCAUGUCCGGCUCUGCAGUGUGGCUCACCCUGUCUUUCGGACUGGAGCCAAGGUGACCUUCCUGCUGGAGUUUGAGUUUAGCUGCUCCUCCCUCCUGAGCCAGGUCCUUGUGAGGCUGACUGCUUCAAGCAAUAGCCUGGAGAAAAACGGGACCCUUCAAGAUAACACAGCCCAGAUCUCAGCCUACAUUCAAUAUGAGCCCCACCUCCUGUUCUCCAGUGAGUCCACUCUGCACCGCUAUGAGGUUCACCCAUAUGGGACCCUCCCAGUGGGUCCCGAAUUCAAAACCACUCUUAGGGUUCAGAACCUUGGCUGCUAUGUGGUCAGUGGCCUCAUCAUCUCAGCCUUCCUUCCAGCUGUAGCCCAUGGGGGCAACUACUUCCUGUCAUUGUCUCAAGUCGUCACUAACAAUGCAAGCUGCACAGUACAGAACCUGACCGAGCCUCCACAGCCCCCUGUGCACCCAGAGGAGUUUCAGUACAUGAACAGACUGAAUGGGAGCAACACUCGGUGUCAGGUCGUGAGGUGCCAUCUUGGGCGACUGGCAAAGGGGACCGAGGUCUCUGUUGGACUAUUGAGACUGGUUCACAAUGAAUUUUUCCGGAGGGCCAAAUUCAAGUCUCUGACGGUGGUCAGCACCUUUGAGCUGGGAGCUAAGGAGGGCAGUGUCCUACGGCUGCCUGAAGCCUCUCGUUGGAGUGAGAGCCUGCUGGAGGUGAUUCAGACCCGCCCUGUCCUCAUCUCCCUAUGGAUCCUUAUUGGCAGUGUCCUGGGAGGGCUUCUCCUACUUGCUCUCCUUGUCUUCUGUCUUUGGAAGCUUGGCUUCUUUACCCGUAAGAAAAUCCCUGAGGAAGAAAAAAGAGAAGGGAAAUUGGAGCAAUGAAUGUAGAAUAACGCCCUAGAAAGUCCUCCUUGGCAGCUUCUCCAAAAGACUUGCAUAAGAGCCAAGGUUUGGGGGCUCAGAUGGACAAGAAGAAGCCUUUAGACUGUCUCCCCAGACCUACAGCCUGACUUGACUUUUGAGUCAUGAGGAUGCUGCUGGAAGAGAUGAGGCCUUACCUCAGACGAGAAAGGGUGUCACCAAAACCAGAAACACUUUCACCCUGUACUUCCCGCUUCGUGAUCCCAGUUCUACAGCCAACCCUGGGGCCUUGGUUUGGGGCCCCUUUUUCCUUAGCCCCAGGAACCAAGAUUUUUUUUUGCCACAGCUCCCUGACUCCUUUUAGAAUCCCCCUCCAUCCUCCCUCAAGUUUGGAAAGGAUGAGGACUAUCUUCCUCCAUUCCCGGAGUCUCACCUUCCUGCCUGCUCCAUACUCCACAGAGGGAGCUGACGUUGGCUUCAGAAAGUAAAGUCAACAUCUGCUGCUUUCCUGUGGAGUCUGGUGAUUCAGAGAGCCGGAUGGGGAGAGUCAACAGGAAAAAAGGAGGGAGGAGGAAAAGCCACAAGAGACAUUCUGUACAAUUCCAAGGAACAGAGAAGCUUUUAGACGGGCAACCGCCAUCCCCCUGAAACCUGAGACUUCAUGGUGCACUAGCCCGCCCUCAGGUGCCUGUGAAACUGAGCUGCCCCGGGGCCUGCUGGGCAUGGGUUUCCCAACUCUCAGCUAUCCCUGGGAGCACAGCCAGGGUUGAGUGCCUGAUUCUCCGGAGCCAGGGGCCCCCAGGUGGCUAGAGCUGGAGUAGCAGAGAAAAGUCCCAGGGUUUUGGUCCUGGCCAUGGAGAGUUGAAUAGCUGUGGGCAGUGUUUUCUCCUCUCUCAGCGGGCCUCACCUACUCAUGAGCCCUCUUUGGGGCCACCUUUUAGAAACAAGAGAGAAGGGAGAUGACUUCUUGAUAGUUGGAAACCCUUUCACCGGCUUUGGGAAGCAGCAGUUCCAUGGAAUCUAAACUAGUCAGGUCCACAUUAAUGAAGAAGCCAAAGUAGGUGGAAGGAGGUCUCUGGGGAGUAAGCCCUCACUCACUUAGCAUGGGUUGUGUGGCUCUAGGAAAAUGUUUCUGGGGCAACAGUAGGCAUUCCUUGUAGGGCUUCUCUGGUGGAAUGAGUUUGGCAGCCUUGCCUGAUAUUUACUGGAAAUUCCCAAUUUCUAUCUCUGGGUCACCUCACCACCUCUCCUCCCGUUUUGUGGUCAUGGCCAGUAGUAGAGAGAAUUAGAUUUUCACCAACAACUGGGUAACUUACAUUUCUUUGUAAUCAAGACUUUGGACACCAAGGUCUAUUAUUGGUCUCUAAGGCUUGGCUCUGACGGCCAUUUGAAGAAUCAGUACCAGUUUUGAGCUGAGAAGAGAGGAGGCCUGACUGGGCAAUUGACUGGCAGCCACAGAACUUGUUCUCCAGGGCUGCUCUUGAGGCCUGGCCACAAUGUUUAUCUUGGCAUGUCUCUGGCCUUUUGCACAGGACUUUGUCUCUGUUUCCUAGCAGGGUGGACAGGUAUAUCAGUUGGUCAGAACAAAAAGUUCAGUGUCAAAUGAUUUCUGAUUCUCUUUGAGUUCCCAAGGAUAUGGAUGGCUCAAGGAAUGGUGAGAGGGAAAUUCUUGGACCACCUGAGACCUUAUACAGUUGAGUUUCUGGAAGGCAAAGUCAUAAAAUAAUUGAAAUGUUUUCUGUGAUUCUCCCACUGGAGAUGUAUUCUAGCCUGCAAUCCUCAUCUACCUAAGUGACUACAGAGUUGUAGGCCUAGAUUGAAACCCCAGGUCUGCCAUUUAUUAGCUGUGCGGCCUUGGACAAGUCAUAAUUACCCUGAGGCUCGGGUUUAAAUCUCAGCUAUACCACUUAAAACCUGUUUGACCUUGGACAGAUUUAACUUCUUUAAGUCUUGGCUUUCUUGACUUUAAACUUCCUAGGGUUGUGAGGGCCAAAGGAGAUAAGUAAAGUAAGCAUAUACUAAGUACUCAAUAAAGGAUAACUGUUGUUAUAAAAAUAUUUUAUUAUAAAAUAAUUUACCUUGCUGUGUAUUGUGAGGGUUAAGUCAGAAUGUAUAUCGAAGCACUAAGUGGUGCCCCUAAUCUAGUGACCCACUCCUACUUCAUACAAGUCCUGAAGAUUUGUUUUGCCUAUGUGCUAUUGUCUCCUGCCACUAAAUCUUUUUUUUAAAUUUAAGUUCAAUUAACGUAUAGUGUAUUAUUAGUUUCAGAAGUAGAGUUCAGUGAUUCAUCAGUCUUACACAAUAGCCAGUGCUCCUUAAGUCAUGUCCCGCCAUUAAAUCUCAUCCUACGCCUCAUUCCCUUUGAAGCCCUCAUGCCCACUAAGGAGAUAAUUAGAAGUUUCCAAUGGUAGAAAUCAAAUAUCUUUGAUUUUUUUUAGACAUCUAGUAUUCUUCUAGUACUUUCAAGGAACAUGUGUGCUUAAGACCAUUUCUUUCCCUCUUUGUCUAACUCCAAAAAUGGUGGCUGGUCUGGCCAAUAGGCAGGGACGACAUUCUGUGGCACGCUGGUGAGUUUUUUGUAGUAGGGGGAGUCUAUAGUGACCCUUAGUGCACUUCAUAUAGGCUAUCGCUUGAUCAACCUUUAUGGAGCAUGUUUUCUGAGGCUGGAACAGAGGCCAUGGUUAUAUGGACAGAUCUCCCUCUUUAUUCCCAGUCAGCACCAAAAGGGAGAUGCAUCUCUUUGAGGACUGGUUCAUUUAAUUCUCUAUCCAUUUAAUUAAAAGAACAUUUUAAGUAUUUUUCCCCA